UAGAUCGUAAUCCAUUAAGAAAAUUAGUUGUUAGUCAUUAGUUAAAAAAAUUAAAAGUUAUGAGAAACCAUACAAUAUUUGUGUUGAUUUUCUUUUUAUUCUGGAGGAAUACAGAUGCCUUAAGCAACCACACAUUUCCAUCAUUCUUCAAGUUCGGGGUAGCCACCGCUGCAUACCAGGUGGAAGGUGCUUGGAACGAAGACGGGAAAGGAGAGAACAUAUGGGACCGUCUGGUUCACAACACUUCCAUAGUAAUAAACCAUGAUACUGGUGACGUCGCAUGCGAUUCAUACCACAAGUACAAAGAAGAUGUGCAGCUGUUAACACAACUAGGCGUUAAUUUCUACCGCUUUUCUAUAUCUUGGUCUAGAAUCUUACCCACAGGAUACCCGGACCAAAUUAAUAAAGCUGGAGUUGAGUAUUAUAAAAAUUUAAUAAAUGAGUUGAAAGCGAACAACAUAGAGCCCUUUGUUACCAUUUACCACUGGGACUUGCCGCAACCUCUACAAGAAAUCGGAGGCUGGCUGAACGAAACACUGGUGGACAUUUUUGCUGAGUAUGCAAAGACUUUGUUUACUUUGUUUGGUGAUGACGUCAAGUAUUGGAUGACUUUCAACGAACCCAGGCAGAUUUGUUACGAGGGGUAUGGGCUUGGGUGGAAGGCGCCUGCCAUGAAAUUGCUUGGAAUUGGACCUUAUAGAUGUGCUCAUGUACUUAUUAAAUCUCAUGCCAAGGCCUACCAUAUUUAUCAAGAUAACUUUAAAGAGAAGCAAGGAGGUAAAGUAGGUAUAGUUGUGGACACCGAUUGGUACGAACCAGCCACUAAUAAUCCUCUGGAUAGAGAAGCUGCAGAGAGGACCCUACAGUUUAGAUGGGGAUGGUAUGCUCAUCCACUUGUUCACGGUAACUACCCCAAAAUAAUGAUUCAACGAGUUGCUAUGCGCAGUAAAUUGGAAGGCUUCGAAGGUUCCAGAUUACCUGCUUUUACUCCCGAAGAAGUAAAUUAUAUUAAAGGAUCUUACGAUUUUCUGGGCCUGAACCAGUAUGCGUCAUCUUUGGUGAAAUUUAAACCGGAAUCUGAAAUUGGUAUUCCCAGUUACGAAAAUGAUAUGGGUACCUUGACAUUCCGAGAUCCUUCUUGGGAAAGGGGUGCAUCAGAUUGGCUUUAUGUGGUACCUUGGGGAAUAGGAAAAGUUUUGAAAUGGAUUAAAAAGAAUUACAACAGCCCUGAAAUAAUUAUUACCGAAAAUGGAUACUCGGACUACGAUGGUGCUUUACAAGAUGACAAACGUAUUAAUUACAUACAGGGAUACCUCAGCAGUAUUUUGGAGGCCAUAUAUGAGGAUGGUGUUAAAGUGACAGGGUAUACGGCUUGGAGCUUAAUGGACAAUUUUGAAUGGUACAGCGGAUACCGGGAGAAAUUUGGGUUGUUCCAGGUAGACUUCCAAAGUAAAAAUAGAACUAGGACAGCAAAGAAGUCUGCAAAUUUUUACAGGAAUGUUAUACAUUCCAGAAAACUGAAUAAUGUAGGAAAAUCAUAGACAUAGAUAACAAUACAUAGACAACAAUAAUAACAAAUAGGAAAAAUGUAUUUAUUUUAUCUAAAAUAUCUUUUAUAAUUUAUUGAUAAAAGUGGUAAUAAUUAUUUGUGGAAUAUUGUACCUUAUAAUAUUUUUAUUAAACGUAUUUAUAUAGUA